GAGAGCCCUCGCAUCGCAUGGCGGCCGCCGCGGAGAUCGCCUGAUCCUAAUCCUGCUCACGGAUUUGCUAGAGCCCAACUGCCUCAGCGUUGCGGGCUCGCUAUGGCCACUGAAGAACCCGAUCCAAAGAGGCGAAUCAGCGAGGAAUGCAUCAUAAACCGCCUCCCCGAAGAUCUCAUUGAGAAGAUAUUUCUGAGCCUUCCGGUGAGCACUCUGCUGAGGUGCGUCGGCGUCUGCAAGCGCUGGCUCAACUUCAUCCGGGAUCCCGAGUUUGUCGCAACACAACUCCGGCAUGCGCACCGGUAUGCCCUUCUAUUCUUCCCGCAAGGUUUGGUUUGGGGCGAGCCCUACCCCAGCGAGGGUAUCCUCAUCGAUGAAACCUGGUCACCGUCUGUAUACGUGUUGCCGGUGAUUGGGCCUGAUGAUUACCUUUUUGGCUCGUGCAAUGGACUUCUUGCCUUAUACACAAACACAUCAACAAUCAAGAUAGCUAACCUUGCAACCCGUGAGUGUCUGUAUCUUGAGAAACCUGCCAAGAAUGCGAGAGGCCACCACUACUCUUUCUACAGCUUUGGAUUCCAUCCCGUGACAAAAGAAUACAAGAUUACACACUUCCUUGCUGAUUCCGUUGAGGGCCGCCCCAGUUAUAAACACUUCAGUGUCAUUCAAGUUUACACGCUUGGUGGUGAGAAAUGGAGAGAUAUCCCAACACCAGAACCUCUUAGCUUGGACAGUGCGAGAACCUCAGGGGUUGUCAGUGUUGAUGGCACAGUGUAUUGGUUGACUCGAGACAAGACAGCUAGCUGGCGGCAUGCAGUCAUGUCCUUUGAUCUCAGUGAUGAAAGUUUUACAACGAUACAACUGCCAGCAGAUUAUUUGGGUCCUCGUAGGUUGUUGAUCAGAGAUAUAGAUGGGAAAUUAUGUAUAGUAACUGCUCAAACUGAUCGCUACGAUUUAAAAAUUCUUCUUGCUGAGCUGCACAUCUGGACACUUGACAACCCAGUAGAGCAAAGGUGGAGCCGGAAGUACAAUAUUAAGAACCCACCAGUUUACAUUCCGGGUCCACAUUUUGGUCAUAGGGGUAGGAUCCUCACACAGAGCAACUUCAGGGCAAGUUCGUACGAGUUGAUUGGUGAGAACUUUGACUAUAGCUUCAGUAAGACAGCACAGCUGUUAGACGUCAGCCCCCGGAGGUUGUACAACAUGCAAUCCUACAUCUGUGUUAAGUCCCUCGUAUGUUUAGAUGCAUACAAGAAGGUUGGCAUUGUGCGUAAACCAAAACAGCAAUUAGGCUGGCAAUCAAAGAAGUGGGAGGCAUGGGAGAAUGAGCGUCGCGAAGUAGAGAAGUUGCGGACCAACGUCCACAAAGAGGAGCAUGACUUAUCUGAACUCGCAGAAAGAGUGGUUAAAAUGUAUCAGGUGUUGGUGGAUAAGCCACUUGCUAUAUCUGAACGUGUACGCACGGAGCUCAAUCAGGUGUUGCACCACAAGCCAGAAAAACCUAAUCAGCCAAGGUUCCUCCGACGGCUUAAUUGGGUGGAACAGAAACGGGACAAGCAGGAGUUACGGUUGCGUUCAUAUAAGAUGAAUCGCAGAAUUCAGGCCAUUUCGCAGGCACAAGAUAACAUCUCUAGUAUUGUAAGAAGUUAUACAUCCGAGCAGGGUGUUUCAACUUCUGGUGUUUCUUCCACUCACGAUAAGAACAAAAAAGAGAACCUUCCGUGUAAAACCUAGCUUUCUUGGGACUAAUGUUCCCAUGUCUUGGAUGUGUGCAACCAUUGCCUGUGCGCUGAUUCACUCUCUUGUUCCAUCAGUUUAUUUAUUUUGUUAAAUUGCACUUUGAGGUUUCUAGUUCUUGAACUGUCUAGCGCACAAUGCUGCAUGGCCCGAGAGAUCCAAUAGGAACAGCGACCUUCCUCAAGCAGAAACAAUCGUGUAAUUGUAGAAAACUCCAUAGUGCAUUUUGUGCUAUUAUGCUUU